AUGAGGGACCUGCUCCCCAAACCCCGUUGCAGCGCUACAUCCGUGUAUAAUGCCUGCGACCCGCAAAACUUUGAGCCAAACCUGGCCCUCAAUCUCGAGAUAGCCGACCUGAUCAAUGCUAAGAAGGGAAACGCUCCGCGCGAGGCCGCCGUCGCUAUUGUGCAAUAUGUCAACCACCGCAAUCCUAACGUGUCCAUGCUGUCCUUGACCCUGCUCGACAUUUGUGUCAAGAACUGCGGUUAUGCUUUCCACCUCCAGGUCAGCACAAAGGACUUCCUCAACGAGCUCGUCCGUCGCUUCCCCGAACGCCCUCCCAUCCGUGUUACCCGCGUCCAGAACCGUAUCCUUGAACUCAUCGAAGAAUGGCGCUCCACCAUCUGUGUCACAUCAAAGUACAGGGAGGAUUUGGGCUUCAUCCGCGACAUGCACCGUCUGCUGAGCUACAAGGGCUACACCUUCCCCGCUGUCAAGAAAGAGGAUGCUGCUGUGCUAAAUCCCACAAACGAUCUCAGGUCAGCCGAGGAGAUGGAGGAGGAAGAACGCGCCGCUCAGUCGGCAAAGUUGCAGGAACUCAUUCGCAGGGGCACCCCUCACGAUUUGCAAGAGGCCAACAAGCUUAUGAAGAUCAUGGCCGGCUUUGACACUCGCCGCAAGACAGACUACCGUGCGAAGGCUGCAGAGGAGGUUGGCAAGAUUCAGCAAAAGGCAAGAUUGCUCGAAGAAAUGUUGCAAGGGUAUAAGCCAGGUGACGAGAUCAAGGAGGGUGAUGUCUUUGAGGAACUCGCAAAUGCCCUGGCCAGCGCGCACCCAAAAAUUCAGAAAAUGUGCGAGGAAGAGUCCGAGGACACUGAAGCUGUCGCAAAGCUUUUCGAAAUCAACGAUAGUAUCCACCGUACGAGCGAGAGAUACAAGCUGAUCAAGAAGGGCGAUCUCGAGGGUGCCAACAGAAUCGCUGCUGGCACUUUGGGUAUCAGUGGUGCCGGUGUUAAGAGCGGACCUAACAAUGAGUUGUCUUUGAUCGACUUUGGUGGCCCAGAAGAGGAGGAAGCUGCUCAGCCUGCUCAACCUCAGUCUUCGCAGGCAGCUCCUCAAUCUAGGGGCAAUGCUUUGGAGGACGACUUGCUUGGCCUGUCCAUGGGCGAUUCUGUCUAUGGUUCUGGUGGUGCCUUGACUCUUGGCUCUCCCAACAAUGGACUGGCCGAUCUCGCUGGUCCCUCAAGCUCACAGCCAACCCCUGCACCUGCACCUGCUGCUAUCCCUCCUCCUGCUCAACCUCAAGCAGCCAGAGCAAACUACGACCCCUUCGGCAUGAUUUCGUCUCCCGCCCCUGCAUCGAACUCCUUCCAACAACAAAAGGCAGCGGAUCCAUUCGCUGCUUUGUCCGGUAGCUCUCGCACCGCAUCGCCUUUUCAAUUUCAACAACCAGUCAAGCCCACAGCAUCACCCGCAGUCUCUCAGUCAGCUGCAUCGCUAUUGGGCGGUGAUGAUGAGUGGACCUUCUCAUCUGCUCUCCCGGCCCAACCGCAGCAGCCCCAAUCUAACACUGUUACCGUGAUCGACUCGAGCGUAAAAGCUGUUUUCCAUAUUUCACGGCCGGCGGGUGCAAACGACUACCUGGCUAUCGAUGCCAGGAUAUCCAACAAGACUCCUCAACCCAUCAGCGACUUUACCCUCCUUCUCGCGGUAACAAAGGCAUUCACUCUUCAGCUCCAACCACAAUCCGGUCGCAACUUGUCACCAAACCAAGUCGAUGGCAUUAAGCAAGCUAUCCGUUUACAAGGUGUUGCUGCAGGCAAAGGCAAUGCCGUCCGCAUGCGAUGGCGUGCCAGCUACAGCAUUGCUGGCCAACCGCGUGAAGAAAGCGGUGAGGUCAGCAAUUUGGGUGUUCUUUAG